AUGAGUUCUGCAUCGAAUGGGCGCAAAAACCGCCCCAGAUCGGCCGGGACCAUCUUCCAGAUCGGCAAGCCCCUCUACCGAGACCCGCAGCGGCGGGAGAGCACGGAGAGUAACCGCAGAGCCCAGCGCUCCGUGGCCGACUGCAGGAUGAUCGUGCAAGAGUUCAACACGCUGGUGGCUCUGUACCGCGAGCUGGUCAUCUCCAUCGGCGAGAUCACCGUCAACUGUCCCAACUUGCGGGCCGACAUGCUGAGGACUCGAAUCAAAGGCUGCGAGAUGGCCAGGGCGGCGCACCACAGUCUCACCUUGAUAGCGGGGCCGGAGGAGGGCGAGAUUCACCCGGAGAUCUGCAGGCUCUUCAUCCAGCUGCAAUGCUGUCUGGAGAUGUACAUCACCGAGAUGCUCAAGUCCUUCUGCUUGCUGGGCUCCCUGCAGCUCCACACAAAAGGUAAAAACGAACAAUUUGACGAAAACAACUCAAGUGCCAGCGGCCGAGAUCAUAAGGCCGAGGACAGCUCGGACGUCCCCAUCCUCGAGGACACGUCCUCCUCGCCCGCCGACGGCCCCGCGGACAUCGAAAACAUUGAAAAGGACAUGAGGGAAAUGAAGAACCUUCUCAGUAAACUCAGGGAGACGAUGCCUUUGCCGCUGAAGAACCAAGAUGACAGCAGUUUGCUGAACCUGUCUCCCUACCCGCUGGUCCGACAGAGGAAGAGACGCUUCUUUGGCCUCUGUUGCUUGGUAACCAGCUGAGGAAGCAACAAAAGCGACAACAACA